AUGGCGACCACUCCUCCGCCAGCGAGCCCACGCGAACUGCGUGUGCCGCGGGCACCCAGACAUGGCGCUGGCUACGACUCCUUCGAUCCAUAUCCCACAAGACAGUCUGCGCGAUUGGCAGGGCAAAGGACAAGCGACAGGCACACAACAACUCCUCCCCCAUCAUCUCCCAAGAAGUUCACACGUCACAACGAUGUCGACACUCUGUCUCCUCCCAACACUCUCUCUCCCCGCAAGAAGACAGUUCGCGGAAAGGCGUUGUUAAUCAGCGAAGUCUUGGAUUCAGAAACCUCUGAUUUGUCAGACGGUGCGGGGGGCCUUUCCUCACGGUCAUCAAUCGUUCCAGGGCGUCCACAACUUUUACCCACUCCUGUGAAGACUCCUCAUCAUCAAAAGCCAGGAAAAUUUGGCUACACCGCACGAUCUCUCUUCACCCCCACUAAAAGUGCGAAGAAACCUAGUGGAUAUUCUCUCGACAGUUUUCAGGAAGAUCCUACUGGAAAUCAUAGUUCGAUUGAGAUUUACACAGACAGUCGCGAUCGCAUUCCUGUGAAAAACGACAGUAUCGACAACCCAUUCGCGAGCAAGUCAGAAAUCAAGAUGUCUUCCGAUCGCGAGACCUCCCAGUUCAAGCGUCGUGAUCUGGCGCCAGAGCUUGAUUCUAAAGAAAUGGUCGAGCGGACGGAUGGAAUGUUGUACACCUUUCGUGGAAAGAAAAUCUUCCGCAAGUUCGAGCAACGAGACAGCGAUGACGAGGAAGAUGAGACCGAAGCCGACGAACUAGGCUUGUUCGCCAACCGCCCGGACUUACUUGACAGUUGGACUAAUCUUCAUGUCCCACGUUUGACACGUUCAGCUAUCAAAGGUCGCCGUCUUUUUCCGGUAUCAGACAGCAAGCAGUCUGAGUCUGAGUCUGUCGAUGAGAACGAGGAGGCUGUUACCGAUAUCGAAGAGCCUGUCGAUUCUAUUGAAGGCACAGAAAUAGUCCAUUCUGAAGGCCUUGAGUCGACACCAGGCAAACGUUCGCUGCGCUCUCGAACCACUCGUACACACAAUGCAGAUAAAUCGGAUCCUGUCCAUGCUGCUGUUUCAGAGACAAAGAAGCGAGCUAAAGGUGGCAGUCCAUUUGACGUUUGGGCGCGAAAGAAACCUGCGAAAGUGUCUGCAUCCAAAAAGCGUGAAGCCGAUCCGUUUAUCGACUCACCUGCCCCAGUGGCUAAGAAAGCCAAAGCUCACUGAUAGGAGUUUUAUCGCUGAUGGAUAUUUUAUAUCUCGGCUUGUUCCGUGUCACUUGCUAACGAAAUACGUCACAUGGGCUAGGCAUACCUUCUGGAAUAUGGCUCGAAGGAGUUUCAAGGAGUUUUAUUUGAUGGGUCCCCCGGCCUAAGAUACCUUUUUUCUUUACGUUCAUGGCCAUCAGGUUUUCGAGUUUAUGUCUUUU